GGUCGAGUCGAGGAGGAGGAGGAGGAGGAAGAGGAAGAGGAGGAGGAGGAGGGAUGAGGCGCGCGGCGGAGGGGAAAUGGCUGCCGAAAACAAGCCGGAAGGACUGAAGAAGAUAAGAAAUCCAGAGCGAAUGGUCAGAAUUGCCGUCGGUUACACAGGACACACCCCUCCCAAGAGUGACGACACCGACGCCAACAAUGAGCCGGGCCAGUUGAAGAUCUACCUUCCUAAGAAGCUGCUAGAGUGUCUGCCCAAAUGUUCCUCUCUGCCCAAGGAGCGCCAUCGCUGGAACACCAACGAGGAGAUUGCUGCAUAUCUCAUCACUUUUGAGAAGCAUGAUGAGUGGCUGACGACAUCGCCAAAAACCAGGCCUCAAAAUGGCUCUAUGAUCCUCUACAAUCGUAAGAAGGUGAAGUACAGGAAGGAUGGCUACUGCUGGAAGAAAAGGAAAGACGGGAAGACCACCAGAGAGGAUCACAUGAAACUCAAAGUCCAGGGAGUAGAGUGUCUGUAUGGCUGCUACGUCCACUCCUCCAUCAUCCCCACCUUCCAUCGUAGAUGCUAUUGGCUGCUGCAGAACCCAGACAUUGUGCUGGUGCACUACCUGAAUGUACCAGCAGUGGACGAUAGCGGGAAGCCAUGUGGUCCUGUCCUCUGCUCCAUCAACACAGACAGGAAGGAGUGGGCCAAGUGGAGCAAGGAGGAGCUCAUUGGACAACUCAAACCCAUGUGUGCUGGAAGCAGCUUGCAUCAGAAAUGUUCCAGUGUCAAGCAGCGCAUCAUCUCAUCCAAGCAGGAGUCAGGGGCAGCAGCGGGAGGUGGAGCUGCAGCAGGUAUGGGUGUAGCGGCAGGCCAGAGAGCUGAGGAAGCAGAUGGCACAGAGGUCCAGAACAGCGAUGUGUCAGAAGGCCAGACUGAGCCCAGUCCUGGAGGGGGCAGGAGUAGAGCGGGUGGAGGAGAGAGGAGGAAUGGCAGGAUAAACAACAAACCCUCCUUGCUCCCACAGAGCAGCAUGGAAGUGUCGUCAUCUACCUCCACCAACCAGGUGGAGGUCCCUGACACCACCCAGAGCUCCCCAUUGUCAAUCACCAGCGACAUGGCUGAUAGUCCCGCUCUGGCCAUUGGGGCUGGCUUGACACAGAGCACAGCUGUGUUCAUGUCUGAGGUCACCACGCUGACUGGGGAUUCGGUCUACUCUGCAGGCCACACCCACCUGCUGGCAUCCACCCAUGAGAGCACCACCGCUGGCAUCCUGUUGGCUGUUGCCCCUGAAAACCAGAGGUUUGCGGCGUUUCCUGGUGGUGUGGGCUUAGGGGAGGGAGGAGAGUUGGUUCUGUCUAGCUCUUUAGACUCUGUUGGAGGAGUCAGCCUUCCUGAGACCGCCAUGACGUUUGACCCUGAUUGCUUCCUCAACAAUCCCAAGCAGGGCCAAACGUAUGGAGGAGGUGGAGGGAAGGUCGAGCGAUGUAACAGUGAUGAUGGAGGACCCCACUGCUCCUCCAACGGCUUCAUCUACAACCCAGCCCUUGUCAUCAACAUCAAGACGGAACCUGCACCCCUGGAGCUACCGCUGGCCCCUCAGAGCAGCUAUGUAGGGGAAGGGACAGGCCUCAGUCCCAGCACCACCCUGGAGCAGAUGGACUUCAGUGCUGUGAUGUCAUCAGCCUGUGUCCCGAGUCUGACCCAGCCUGCACACCACCCCUCCCCCAGCCUCUUCCUCCAGACCUCCCCCCAGACAAGCCAGCCCUCCCAGCUGCACUCCAAUGGCACUGAGGCAACACAGGAAUCAGGCGAGGCCCAGGUUUAUAUAGGCCUGCCCACGGUGCCAACAGAGACACCAGUCACCAAUGGAGACCCGCAUACACACCUCCACCAAGCCAGCCCAGACCAGCAGGGCCUGUGUGGAAGGAAUGGACAAGGAGCGGCUAUGGGCUCCUUUCCUCUAACACCACAGGAUACCACCGUCGAACAGUCAGGCAGUAGGGGACAUCGAGAGGUCGGGGGCUUAGAUAAGACUUCUGAGAAUGGAGGGGAGUUGCUUCUCAAGCCUGGGGAUCCUCACGUGGCCUACACGAGUGUUGACACCGAACACUACCUGCAACCCACCGAUGACAAUGGAGGAGGAGAGGAGGGCGGAGGUGGAGGAGGACGGGGAAAUGAGAUUCUCUGUAAUGGUGUUAGCUUGUCAGGGGGCAAUAGUUCAGUGGUGGCCAGUCCUCAGUCAAUAGCUGCUGGUACAAGCAUUGAGGGGGCACUCUACAGCUCUGCUCUUCCUCAGCAAGGUCGGGGGGUGUCAGCUACAACAACAGGGGCAGGAGCGGCCAUUAGUCUGGAAGGCUUUGAGGCUUCUUUUGGAAGCCAGUUCUCUGAUCUCAUCAAUGAUUUCAUCUCAGUUGAGGGGUCUGGAGGUGGGGUGGGCGCAGCUGUGACUGGGGUUCUAAUGCCUCAGGAGGGGGCAGCAGGAGAGGAGCAGGGCACAGGAACAGGCCAUCUGCAGGGCUCGGAGGUGGAGCAGGGAGCUCUGGGACUGCUCCAGGAGACUGGGAGGCUGUUUGGUGUGACAGACUACUCCCCAGAGUGGUCUUAUCCAGAGGGUGGAGUGAAGGUGCUUAUCACAGGUCCGUGGUUGGAGUCGAGCAGUGAGUACAGCUGUCUCUUUGACCACAUCAGUGUCCCUGCUGCACUCAUCCAGCCUGGGGUGCUGCGCUGCUACUGCCCAGCACAUGACACAGGGCUGGUGAUGCUGCAGGUAGCUAUGGGUGGUGAGGUCAUCUCUUCCUCUGUGGUGUUUGAAUACAAAGCACGUGACCUUCCUGCCCUGCCAUCUUCUCAGCAUGACUGGCUGUCCCUCGAUGAUACCCAGUUCAGGAUGUCCAUCCUGGAACGUCUGGAGCAGAUGGAACAGAGGAUGGCUGAGAUAACCAAUCAGAACCCCAACUCAGAAACCAUGGCAACCAAGGGUGGAGGAUUGGAGGGAGGAGGAGGAGCUAGUGAUCAGCAGUCUCCAAUUUCUACCGAUCAAGGUUCAUUCGAGGGUCGUGUCGUGGUAGUGUGUGAGAAGAUGAUGUCUCAGCCUUGUUGGGCUUCAUCUAAUCAGCUCGUCCACAGUAAGAACUCCAGAGGAAUGACCUUACUGCAUCUGGCUGCAGCUCAGGGCUACGCAGGGCUCAUUCAGACACUCAUUCGCUGGCGCACAAAGCAUGCCGACAGUAUUGACCUCGAGCUAGAGGUGGAUCCUCUCAACGUAGACCACUUCUCCUGUACUCCAUUGAUGUGGGCAUGUGCUCUGGGCCACACUGAGGCAGCAUUGGUGCUUUAUCAGUGGGACCCAAGAGCUUUGGCUAUUCCUGAUUCGCUGGGACGCUUGCCGCUCAACAUUGCCCGAUCCCGGGGUCACACUAGAUUAGCUGAGCUCUUAGAGCAGCUGCAACAGACUCCUCAAGCUCAGGGCCCACCUGCUGACACUUGGAUGGACAGGUGGAGAGGAGAGUCACAGACCAGCGGAAUAAGCAACAGCCCUACGCCAAACCCUAACUCAGAGCUGAGGAGAGCCAGGACGGAGAGCCAGCCAGACAACCAGAACCCGAGCUGGAGCCAAACAGGACACAGAGCCCAACAGGGAACCCAGGGAGAACAGGGAGGCCCACCCCCAGCCAAGAGACUCAAACCCAGCCCCGACACACAGCAACAGCUAGCUAACUCAACCCCUGGCACUAACACCCUCUCCACUCUCCUCAACUCGUCCCCUAGUCCUAACCCUCAAUGCUCUCUCCUCCCCAACACCCUACAAACUCAACCCUCCAACCUCAGCUGUCAGAACGCACCUCCUGCCAGCUCCAGCCCUAAUCGGCCUCAGCUCCCCAGCGCUCCAUUCUCCCACCUGCAGGCCAGGAUAGGGGGGUCUGGAGGGGGCACCAGGUGGAGUCUAAGACAGACUCUGGGGCAGCGUAGCCUAGCCAGGAGGAUUCUAGGAAAAGAACGACUUGCCAUUCACCUGCGCCAAAGGCUGCUGUCUGACAGGGGAGAGGAGACAGAGCUGCUGACCUAUCAGGAUAACACAGAGGACCUGCAGAUGGACAUUACGAUGCUAGCAGAUCACAUCAUGGAGGCUUCAACUUGUAGGCUUAAACAGGAGGAUAUGGAGACUGAAACAGACUCCAGCAAGGUGGGAAUCAGCAGUGAUGUCAAGUUACUGUCUGGUUACCUUGGGGAGGUGGAGAGGUUUCUAAACUCCAAGUCCAAGACUCCUAGCCCCAAAGCAAACCCCCUCUCAGGGCCUGAGGAUCAGCAGAGUCCACAGGCUAGAGACGCCCUAUCCUCCUCCUCUGACUGGACCUCCUUCCUCUGUGCAGCUAUGAAAGAAGAGAGGUUGAAAACUGACUCCUGUCUAGCUAUGACUGAGGAAGAGCAGGGGGAGCUGUAUGAGACCAUCAGGCAUGCUCUGCACUCCCUCAGAAAACACAAGGGUCCCAUUCAGGAACAACGUAAAGAGAUUGCAGCAGUGAUUCAGCGCUGCUAUAAGAGAUACAAACAGUAUGCACUUUAUAAGAGGAUGACCCUGGCAGCCAUCCUGAUCCAGAGUCGUUUCCGGAGUUUCCAUGAGCAGAGGAAGUUCCAACAGAGUCGAAGAGCAGCGGUCCUCAUCCAGCAAUACUACCGCUCCUAUAGACACUCCCUCGGCAGCCUCCUGACGAAAAAACAGAACCAGGCUGCUCGCAAGAUCCUGAGAUUCCUGCUCCGAUGCCGCCACAGCCCCUUGAUGGACCAUAGGCCUCUGAAACGGGGCCAGAGAGCAGAGAAAGGCCAAGGGUCCUGAGAGCCCACCACCAGGCCCCAAGCAAAGCCCCCUCAGCCUGGAAAAAAAACUCUUCCCAGACAGACUGAGGACAGGAUAGGUGUCCAUCAUGGCAGCUCAGACAGACAGACUGCUGGGUAGAGCCACGGGACCUGGCUCUACCCACAGCGCUGAUCCUCCUCCACAGUUUCACUGGGAGGCCAUCACAUUAACCUCAUGGCAUUCUUUGCACUCCUCAUGGGUAUGUUUCUUUGCAAGAGCAAGUCAACGAGUCAGACGAGAGAGCACGAGGAAGCACCUGGCGACGACAUCCUGACUUUUAAGGCAGCAUCUGGACGUGCUGGCUCAAGAUAAAAGCUACUGGCGACAUGCAGAAAAUAUACAAACCCUGUUGCGUUUUGUAUCCAAACAGUAAUCCAUGAAAGAAUAAGAAAACAUAAACCAAAAAACUCACUUCUGUGUUGCAUUUGCAUGCAAGGUUUUUUCGCUUAUUCCUCCUCUCCAUCAUCCUGAAAAGCUAUAGUGGCAAAUCAUUCUGCUAAUUCAGUAUAUCACAAUAUCACUAACCACUCUGACUCACAGGCUUACAAACCUAUUAAUCAGUCACCCGAUCAAAAGGGGAGGAACUGCACUUGAAUGUAAGAGGGGCAUUGUUAGACAAGGCUUGGGGUCUGAAUAACGAUGUCUUAAUUUGUUACAUGGACUUUGUAUGGAGUCGUUCUCAGAGGCAGCACUUUGCUCGCCUGACGUGGUGUGUCCGUGUUUGUUCAAUUCAAUGCAUGUGUUUGAGCUAUGAGCUCCUGCAUGCUUGCCAAACUGCUUUAGUGUUGUUUCUUUUGUAUUUCUAUGUGUAGUUGUGUCUCACUUACGUCCUCAUCAACUUAACCUUGCCCUGUGUAAUGUGAACUGUGUAAGGACAAAUGACUUAUUUUGGGUGCUUUUUUUAAACUUUAUUUAUUUAUUUAAGGGUCUAAUUAUUUAUUUAAUUGGCUCAAGAGUGGUUCAGCUUGAGACUGGUUUUCCCCCCUUGUGUGGUAAAAUAUGACAUGUCCCAAUGGUUAAAUGUCUCUGUUAGUUUGUUCUUUGCGUGAACCUCUAAAUCCUAACUGCGGUUUUGAGGAGAGAGUCACAUACCAUUGCCUUGACUUCUUCUUGACUCUGAGAGGUCUCUAUGCUUGCUCUGUACAGGACAUGGGUCCUAUACCUGCCCCUAUACAGGGCAUUGGUCCCCAUACUAGCCCAUAUGGGCAAUCAAAUCCAUAUUUUGGACUAUUGCAUAUUCCUGUAUAUAAACUGACGAGGUAAGGGGAUACAAGGACCCUGAAACUUUUUCAUAAGAGGACUGUAUUUAAGAUUAUAAAUUAUUUUACUCCCAUAAUGAGAACUUAAGACAGAGACCUGGGUACACAGGAUGGCUGUAUUGCUUGUAAAUAAUGUAGAUAUUACAAACGGAGUAAUGUGCAUGAGAUUUAAGACAAAGAAACAGCAAAAAGAAGAUGUUAGUGGCUAUGGACUGUGAGAGGAUUUUAACUGCUUCACUUUAAGAGUAUCCAGUAUAAGUGUUACUGAAAAGAACAUUUUGUUAAAGCAUGCAACUGAAAAAUCUAAUGUUAGAAUUAUAAGUGGGAAAACAAACUUAGCUGAAACAAUGAUCUUUCAGACAAAACAUUUACAUUUUGUGCUUUCGUUUCUUGGCUAGCAAAAAUUAAACUCUUUUUGCCAGUA